AUGUGUAUAGAAGAGCCGUGUGGUGGCGACACUGAAGGUGGGUCGGAGGAGAUGCCGGCUGCCGCGGCCGCGGAUCCCAGCGCUGAGCAAAAAGAGCGGCUCAUUGCAGCCGUCAAGAAGGAGGUCAAACAGUUGAUGGAAGAGGCUGUAACACGUAAAUUUGUACAUGAAGAGAGUGGAGGCGUGACAGCUCUGUGUGGCGCUGUCGAGGCGUGUCUGGGACAGGGUCUGCGACGCCGGGCUCUCGGUCUAUUCAAGACUAGUUCCACUACAGCUCUCCUACACAAGAUUGCUAAGGAUCUUUUUGGAAAAUCAUCAACUGCCUUCUCUCGCGUAGGAAAUGGUGAGAAAGAGAGAUCCUCACUGACUAAAAACCCCCGUUCCUUCACCUGCUCCAGGCUGAAGCCGCAGUACCUUCUUGUAUUUGACCCAUGA